ACCAACACCCUCCAUUUUCUUCCUCAUACAUUUGCCAAUUGCCACACAGACAUGGCUGAACCAGCAGAACAACCUAAGACUCAGAGGUACCGCAUAGGCUAUGCUCUCCCACCCAAGAAGCUCCAAAACUCUCUCGGAACCUCUCUGCUCGACUACGCCAAGCAACGUGGCCUCGACCUCAUCCCCAUCGACCCCACCAAACCCUUAACCCAACAAGGCCCAUUUCACUGCAUUAUCCACAAACUCCAACCCCAAGAUUGGGCCCAACUCGACUUGGCCCACUAUUCCUCCCAACACCCACACGGGCCCGUCAUCGACCCCCCACACCUAGUGGAACGCCUACGCGACCGUUCUUCCAUGCUCGACGCCGUCAAGCACUUGCAAACAUCUUUUCAAAACGUCACCGUUUCAAUCCCGAACCAAGUGGUCGUGGACACCGACCACGCCAACGCACUCGAACAACUGAGUUCAAAUCUGCGAUUCCCCGUUAUCGCGAAGCCCUUGGUCGCUGACGGCACCGCGCGUUCUCACGAGCUGCGUUUGGUUUUCGACCGUGAGGGGCUCAAAACGGUGAACGCACCCGUCGUUUUGCAAGAGUUCGUGAACCACGGAGGCGUGGUGUUCAAGGUCUACGUGGCGGGGGAACAUGUCACGUGCGUGAAGCGAAGGUCCUUGCCUGAUAUAACGGAGGAGAGGGCUAAAACGCUGAAGGGGACGAUGCCGUUUUCGCAGAUUUCUAAUUUGCACGUGCAAGAUGGAGAUGGAGAUGGAGAUGGAGAUGGGGUGAACGACAUUGGGAAGGUCAAAACGCCUCCUCAGGGUUUAAUAACGGAGUUGGGAAGGGCGUUGAGGGAGGAAUUGGGGCUUAGCUUGUUCAACGUUGAUGUGAUUAGAGAGAGCGAUGCUAAGAAUUGUGAGAGUUACAUGGUGAUUGAUGUUAAUUACUUUCCUGGGUAUUCCAAAUUGCCUUGUUAUGAGCCAUUUAUGACCGAUUUUUUGUUGGAUUGUGUUGGGAACAACACUACUCUGAAAAUUUAG